CCGCCGGCAGCCAUAUAUUCGGAAUGCACCGCGAGAGUCCGCAGACUCUUUCCGGUCGAGUCCGCCCUAGACCGCUCUCUCACUCAUUACCCUGGAGGCCUACCCCUCAAUCGGAGGGAGGGGCUCUGGUUGCCACUGGUCCUCCUUCUCCUCCUCCUUCUCCUUCUUCGGCCCUCCCCUUCCCGACCGCCUUGGACGCUGGCGGUGACGUCACCACGCACGGGUGACCUCCGCCUUCAUCAUGGUCGCGGCAGUAGAUUAGGGUCGUGGGUCGGGCCAGUUGCUGCUGCGGCUGCCGGAUUGUACGAGGACCCACCGCUGCUGCCGCCUCUCCCUCCUCCUCUUCCUCUUCCUUCUCCUCCUCCUUCUUCUUCUCUUCCUCCCCCGGAACCAGGGCCAGCAUUUUCAUAUUUACCAGAGGAAUAGUCCCCCUGUGCUGGAAUUUUGUGGAACUUUGUCAGCCAGCCUAAUGGCAUCUUCUGUUGCUGUGCCUAUAGGAUUUCACUAUGAAACAAAAUAUGUUGUUCUCAGUUACUUGGGACUCCUUUCAAGAGAGAAACCACGAGAACAGGAUCUUUUCUCAGCUCAAGGGGUUCAGCCAUCUACAUCUUCACAACUUUUGGACCAAGGGCUUGUAUUAAAAGUUAAGACUGAAAUUGAAGAAGAGCUGAGGUCUCUAAAUGAAGAAAUUUCUGAAGCUUUCACCAGCACAGGCUUUGACUGCCACACGUCUCCAGUAUUCAGCCCUGUUAACCCAGAGAGCUCAAUAGAAGACUGCUUGGCCCAUCUUGGACAGAAGGUGUCACUGGAACUGAAAGAACGCAUGCACGAAGCAUUGCAGACUCUGCUCAGCCAGCCAGUGAGCUAUCAGGCAUUUCGGGAAUGUACACUGGACACUGCAGCUCUUGCCAGCGGCUGGAAUAAGGUUUUGGUGCCUCUGAUUCUACUACAGCAAAUGCUGAUGGAGUUGACAAGACGAGGACAGGAUCCCCUUAGUGCAUUGAUACAGUUUGGUGUGACAUAUCUGGAAGACUAUGCUGCAAAUUAUAUAAUUCAGCAAGGCGGAUGGGGAACCGUCUUUAACCUGGAGUCAGAAGAGGAGGACCCUGGAAUUAUUGCAGAGGACAGCAAUGAUAUUUACAUCCUAACCAGUGACAAUUCUGCACAGGUCACUCCUCCAGAAUCUCCAACUGUGACCACUUCCUGGCAGUCAGAAAGCUUACCUGUUUCUCUGUCAGCAAGCCAGAGUUGGCAUACAGAAAACUUACCAGUGUCCUUGGGUCCUGAGUCCUGGCAACAGAUUGCUAUGGAUCCUGAAGAGGUUAAGAGUUUGGAUAGUAAUGGUGGUGGUGAAGAGAGAAGUGAGAACAACUCUUCUAAUUCUGAUAUUGUGCAUGUGGAGAAAGAAGAAAUACCAGAGGGGAUAGAAGGGGCAAUGUCAGCUUCUGUGGCACUGCAGAUACAAGAGGGCUUCCAGGAUGCCCCUGCCCUCUUGCUUUCAGACACCACUGACACUUCCUUGCUAGAGAUAGGACAGGUCACAGAGACUAUUGCUGUUGAGAAAACCAGCCCUGCCACAUCUUCAUUUGUAGAACUUGAGGAAGAGGAGGUCAGAGCAGCAAAAGAGAAGUCGGUUGGACUGCACUUCCCCGAGCCAAGUCAACCUCCACUGAAAUCAACCCCCAAAGCUGUACCUACCCCAGAGCUGAAGAAAGGGGUACCUACCCCAGGGAAGAAAAUACUGCCUCAGGAAGGAGAGAGGAAAAUAAGGAAGGAGGGCCUCUCCGAAGACGUGGCUCCUGCUGGAGAAGAGAAGCACAUUUUGUUACCAGAGGGCAAAUCCAUCUUGCUGUAUGGUGGUGCUGCUGCCGUCGCCAUGUUGGCAGUAGCAGUAGGUGUGGCUCUGGCCCUGAGAAAGAAAUAGCAGAUUGUAUGAAGGGAGGAAAGCAAAAAGAUGACCACAUUUGGAUUUGGAGUGAAGUUACUGAUAACACAAGUCCAUAGGUGUGCAUUCAUCCUGUGGAUUCAGACUCUGUAAGAAUGAAAGAGAAGGGUUAAUUUAGCGGAAUCUGAAAUGGGAAUUCCUGGGGGCAAAAGAAUUUAGUGGCAGACUACUCAAGCAACUGGCCUGUCUGCUGUUUCCCCCCUGAAAUUUCUAAUUUUCUUAAGGUACUGGCUGUUGUUGCAGCCACACCAAUUCAUCCCUUCUCCUUUCCCUACUUCCUCUGUCCUGUAGCAUGAGGGAGCCCUCCCCUUAUGUUUCAGCUGCCUCUCAGGUACUGCACUGCUCCUUUUCAUCCCCAAGUUUCUUCUAAAUCCCCAUGGGAGAGUGCUUGCUCUAUACCUCUGCUCUUACCAGUCAAGUCCCCAAAGCUUUCUACAGCUCUGCCUUGUAAAGAUGCUGCCUUUAGAACUCUUAAAAACCACCCCCAAACCGGAGAUACCCAGGGUUCCUCAUGUAGUCUAAGUACAGGGCAAAAUCACUGUGGAUCAGAAUGAGAAAUUUCAGUCUUAUUUGGAGACCGAAAGUCAGACGAGUUGACCUGCUCUGGUUCCUUUUUAUAAUCAUCCUAUUCACCUUUCUGGUUGUUCUCCUCAGUGGUGGAAUCAACUCUAAUCAUCACUUGUCUGUGACAUUGCUUUUCUCAUUUACUGAUUGUCUUUCUUACUGAUUGUCCAGCUCCUGGCAGGUCACAAUUCAGUGUGAUGAGGAUUUGGAUACUCUUGUUUAUGGAGCCAGCUGACAACUUGUUAAAUAUAGAAAGUCAUUUAUAUCUUGUUGAAGUCAAGUUAGGAACUUGGGGAACCUGUAAAAUUAAAGACUAAGCCCAACUCUUAAGGUGUUGGUUUGGCCUGGUUAUUCCAGUCCACUGCAAUCUUGGUUUCUUCAUGCUUCUCCUGCGAAGUUAAGUGAUAUAAGCCAAAAGGAAAUCAAAAGCAGUGGUUCCCAGUCAGUGUAGUUAGUUUCCAUUCAAUACUAUCUCUUUCCUAUCUCUUUGGCAGUGUUUCAAAUUCCUUCCCCAAAAGAGGGAUAGAAUUAAUGUCAUUUCAUGCUUUUAAGGUCACAGUGUCAUUAUGCAGAUGACACAUGCCUGAUACAAAAACUAUUUCAUACCCAUCAGAAAAUGUAAAUUACUUUUUUUGAUCUUGUAAUUUGUAAUAAAAUUAAUUUGAAAAGACAUCUACCUAAACUGAUUACAUAAAUCUUCACGUUUUAUAUGUACUUUGUUUUUACAUUGCUUUUCAUUUAAAAAAAAUAAUUCCCUGUUUCUUAUUUGGCCAAGAAAAUAACAAAAAAUUUGUCUAGCUUCUAUAGUUUUAUAGAUGUAUUUUGUCAUUCCUGAGAUUUGCUUAUGUUUUAUAGGUUUUAGUGUAGCUCAAGAAAUAGCCAGAAUCAGCACAAUUUUGAAUGAAUUAAGAACCUGAAAACCCCUUGAACACUAACUUGUUUGAGAUAAUGGCAGUCAAAUUUGGUUUUUAUGCAUUUUAGUUUUUGCAUCUUGAGUUUGUCUUUUUAAUCAUAAAUCUCAGUGAUGACUAAGGUGACCAUGAAGAGAAAUGAUUUAGUUUAUUUUGACUUUUUUUUUUUUAGUGAGGCAAUUGGGGUUAAGUGACUUGCCCAGGGUCACACAGCUAGUAAGUGUCAAGUGUCUGAGGCCGGAUUUGAACUCAGGUCCUCCUGAAUCCAGGGCUAGUGCUCUAUCCACUGUGCCACCUAGCUGCCCCAAUUUUGACUUUUUUUUAAGAGCAAAAUAAAAUUCUUCAUUCUUAUAUAAUUUUAAAACCCUGGGUUUCAAAGCCCAGUGGCCAGUGCUGAAUAUGUAAGAGGCACUAAUAAAAGCAAGCCCAGGUUUUUAGGGGAAAUUUAACUUUAUGAGCUUAUAUGUGUGCUUGCUUUCUUUUCCCUUCAGGAAAGAGAUAAGAAAGAAGAGGGGCCUAAAGAAGUGAUUGUUUUAGCUCUAACACUAUGGGUUCACUAUAUUUGUUUUUCCUUGUUGAACCCAACCUAUUUUUUGCCAAAUUUGCUGUAUUAGUUAAACAGCAAUUUCCUUACCUCUCCCCUUUCUCCUUUUUUUUUUUUUUGGUGGGGCAAUGAGGGUUAAGUGACUUGCCCAAGGUCACACAGCUAGUGUUAAGUGUCUGAGGCCAGAUUUGAACUCAGGUCGUCCUGAAUCCAGGGCCAGUGCUUUAUUCACUGUGCCACCCAGCUGCCCCUCCCCUUACUUUCUAAGACUGUUUUUGGUUCUUGCAUAAGGUGACAUCGAUUUCUUAUGUAUUAAUGUCUCCUUGCCUUUCUGACUCCCUAAAUAAAAAUUAAAAUGAAGAUUCAAGACAAAUUUAAUUGGUUUCUAGAAAUCAUCUUUUUACUAUUCAGACAUCUCUUGUUUACCUUAUGUAAAAAAGGGUGCUCCAUUCUUUGGAAUAUUGAAGAAUAGAUUUUUUAUCCUCAGUUUCCUAUUGCUUGGUUUGGAUGGAAUAUACAUCUCCUUAAGAAUUUAUUUUAACACUUGGCAAAGAGCCAGGCUAAAAAUCUAGAAAUAAGAGUUUGAUCCUUCUUUCUGUGCUUAAGUGGAUCGGUGUUUUCUUCCCCAGAGCCCUCAUUCUGCUGUACUGCAGGGUCUUCUGUGGGUGUUAGAUUAAUGAUAGUUGCUUUUGUUUUAAUGAUAACUGUGGGAAAAGAGGUGCUUCUUCUGGGGGGAAAAGUACAAGUGUUAACCGUUUCUUUCACAUGACUUCACACUUAGACAUCUGAAUCUGAGGUAUCUUCCACGCACCAUUUAUUUAUUUUUUUUUCUUUUUUCUUUUUUUUUUUUGUGGGGCAAUGGGGGUUAAGUGACUUGCCCAGGGUCACACAGCUAUUAAGUGUCAAAAUUCUGAGGCUGGAUUUGAACUCAGGUACUCCUGAAUCCAGGGCCGGUGCUUUAUCCACUGUGCCACCUAGCCGCCCCCCCAUGCACCAUUUAUUUUUAACACAAUUCUGCUAAGUUCCGGCACUGGUAGAUUUUUUUUUCUCUCUCCUAGCGGAAUGAGCAAUGGACAUAGUAGUCUUGGUUCCUAUUCUAUGUUCUAUUGCUGAUUUACUGUAAUAAUUUCAUUGGUCUGUGCUCCAAUUUCCUCGUCUGUAAAAUAAGCUUAACAGUUGAUUGUCUAUUUUCUGAAGGUGGCAUAUGAAGCCAUAUAAUAAUCCCUACAGAGACUUCUAGGGUUUUCUUUUAGAACUUUUAUAAAAAUCAAAGGGGCUAUUUAGAGAUCAUCUUUCUCUUUUUUCUUUCAGUGCUAACCACUCAUGACUUUUCUCUUUUCUCAAAUCACCACGUAAGAAUCUGCAAAGAACUUGAGUUGGUGAUGACAACCAUACCACUCUCUGAGACCCCAAAAGAGGUGCCUGGGGGGUUGAGCACUCUUCUGCUAGAUAAACUAUUUGUUGCAGAUGAUUUUUGAGAAACUUUCCGUUUUGUUGAAACAUUUUCAUAUUUUGUCCAUAAGAAAGCAUAUUUUACCCAAAAGAAUUAUCUUGUCAUUUAGAGCAUCAUCAAAUUCUCAUUUGUCAUUAGAAAACAUAUCCUUUCCUUUCUCUUAACAUAUCCUUGCCCCACUCCCAUCACCAUCACCAUCCAUCGAUGAGAAGGUUGGCCUCUGACAUGACUGGCCUAGAUUAGGAUAUACUUUUUUCCAUAUGAGGAUUGCUUUUCCUGUAAGACUGUGUGCCUAUCUAUAUUUAUGACUACAAAUUGACACUGGCCCUGAGUUAAUGAGGGAGAAGAGAGGAACUCUGUGAGGAUUUUUCUUCACUGUUAUUCAAGACUAUGACCAUAGACACCAAAAACUUGGUACGAUCAAGGGCCUCCAAGAUGAAGCUGUAGAAAACAUUCGGGGAGUAGACUCUGUUUGGCUUUACUGAUCUGAAAUUUUCUGUAAGAUCAGAGAGAGUUUUUAUCUAUAAAAAAAAUCUUGGUCUGAGUGGCUCACCCUUCCAGUUCUAGCUCCUGUAAUGUGGAUCAUUGGAGAGACAAUAAGAGACAACUUAAACUUUCCUAGUGUAAGAAAGUUGUCAUUAGUACCAAUCUUUUAUUAGGUCUUUUGGUUUAUAGAUUAAGAAUGAGUUUAGACCUAUGAAGUGCUUUUAUAUCUUUGGAGUUCACAGCUUGGGGGAGCAGGGGUCACUCCAUCACUCUCCCCCAUAUGCAUCUUUCAUAUCACUCUCCUUGUUCUCUCUCAUAAUCCACAGAUCAAAGGGGGCAUCUGCCAACAUUAGCCCAGCUGGAGGCAAUUCAAAGCCUAAAAGUGUCCACCUGCUAUCACACAAGUAACGAAGUCAUUUAAUUUCCAUCUUAACCCAGCCAGGAAAAUUGGGUGUAGAUCUAGUGUCUGACAUUUGUCAGCAUUUUGAUACACUUUGAUACAAUUCUCUUACACAAACCUGGGAGGAUAGCAUAUUGCUAGGUCAUCGAAUCUUCCUAGGCCUUCUGUAGUUCACCUGUGACUCAUUCAAGGACUACAGAAAGAUAAAAGGAUAAAUGUUGUGGCUCCAAGGUGAAUACCUGUUUAUAAAAGCUAAACUUAUUAUUGCUUCAUAAUAUCACUGUUCAGAUAGAUAAAUAGGUCGUUAGGUAUUUUAUAAGGGACUUACAUUCCUGCCUCUUGUUAUCUGAAAUAGAAGAGUCAGCCCACCCUAUGGGUGGGUCUUAAGAGUGGUAAAAUAUAUUUUUCUCCUACUCCCUCUCAAGACUAAUAUUAGAUGACCCUAGCCUAGGCUAGAUUGCUACUGUCAGUAAUUGGAAGUCACUGGAUCCUUAUGUUUACAUUGCAUACAGCCACAGUCAUGUGGCUUCUCCAUAUGUAGAGCUCAGGUUGAAAUUAUGCUCAGGGAUGUCUGCUAGGCAUUACAAUAGGCCAGAAGCAGAGAAGACUUAAGGUAACUUUUUUUUUCAUUGUUUUACUAGAGCAGAAGGGAAAAUUUAUGAUUAAUGUUCAUCAUGAGUAAACUCCCUCUAUAUUUCUGGGGGAAAGGCUAACAUUAAAAAAAAGGAAUUUUCUACUUAAAGUAAAACUUAAUAUUUAAGGUAUCUGCCCUGUUACCUGGCUUUCAGAAGUGCAAGAAAGAAAGUAGGCAUGUCAUUUUGUGAACGUGGCACCUUCUAGCAGAAGCAUUGUACUUCGUGAGGAAUUUUUUGAUCACCAUUGGUUGAAAUAAUCCUUUCCUGAUCUGUGCUUUGCUGCUGCUGUCUUUCUUUUUUCUCCUUCUUCCUUCAGAUUAAGUGCCUCACUUCCUACCUAACCAGUUUCCUGACUGGUUUUGUCUUCAUUGUGUUGUCAUCUAGAUAAUACUAGAAUUCAAUGAGAAUUUAAUGAAUCUCACAAUCUUGUUUGUUCUUUUCUUAUUUAUGGCCACAGUCUUCAUUCAGAUUAUUCCAGCAUCUGGUUUAUCCACCUUAUAGGUGGUUCAUUAUUUUCUUCUUCCAUCCUGAUGCCUUUCUUUUGACCAUUUCACUCCUUGUGAAACAAGAAACAAACAAGCAAAAAUAAAAUCUGUUGGUUUUCUGGGAGAAUAGAUUGGGACUAAUAACCAUCUGAAGUUUUGGGGACAUCCCUCAAUUUCUAUUACCCAUAGAGAAUUUACGGCACUAGAUAGACCCCAGUCAGUGUAAAUAUCUGUGAAUUGACAGUGUCAACGAAGCCAGACUUUGAGAAAUGCUACUGUACCUGCUUGAGAUUUCAUUUCAGGUAAGAAUUGAGCCUCUCCUAGCAAUGAUGAUGGUGGUCAGAUUCGGGAAUUGAUGAGGUCUGUAGUGAUUUAUGAUUCUACGUACACUGUCUUGCUUCCAGAAACCUAACAUCUUUGGAGGAAAGAGGUUUUUGUCUUUUUUACAAGAGAAACAAAUGAAACAAACCAUUCCAUGAAUUUGAUAAAAUCAACUUUUAUUUAUUCACAUUGGCACCAUCCAUGGCCAAUUUAAAAUCCUCUGGCCCCUCUGAGUGACCCGCUGACAUCUUGUGUGAACUCAAGUCUUGAAAAUUAAUUUUAUGAAGUGUAACUUCUAUAAUGGCAGUUGGGAACAAGACUAAUAACUAAUAACAGGCGCACCAUGUUGCAUUAGAUUUUUAUUAUGUGCCUCUUUUAUAGAUCUAUUUAUGUCUGUAUUUGGUGGUUAAAUCCUCACUUAACUGAAACAAAACAUGGCGGGGGAGCAGAAUCUAUUGUAAAAAUAGCCUAGAUUGCUUGCCCUUUUGAAUUAUCUAAGUCACUUCCCCUAUCACUGGCAAUUUAUGGUUAACAACUUAUAUUUAAUUGUUCUUUUUUGCUGAAAAUUUCUCCCAUCCUCUUCUAAUUGAGGGACUUAAUAUAUUGAUGCAUAAUGAACAAAACAUAUGAACAGCCAGACUCCCUCAUAUAGUGAUAAAUAUUGAUUUAUUUUCAUCAAUAAAUUACUUGUUCAUGGAGACUUUAAAAUGAAGAGCCAGCCUUUAAUUCAAGUUUCUGUGUCUAUCCUCGAUUUGGUGACACCGUGGCACUAUAUUCAUUUUAGGAUGUUUGCUCUUUACUGAAUCCAGCCAGGUCUGAGGAUGGGAACUUCCCCCCACAGCUAUCUAGCUUUUCAGCUUCAUUUGAGCCCAUUGCCUUAAAUUCUCUAAUUUCUUAUUCCUAUGAGGAUUUGAUAGAUAAGAGAACUGAGGUUCACAGAGGUUGACAUGAAACAGUUUACACAGAACUGGGAUUUUAGUUGAGGUCAGGCUCAGUACUCUUUCUACUACCCCAUGCUUGUCCUAUGUGUCUCUAGUUAUUGCUGAUCUCUAUUCUGUUGGUCACAUGUUUUGUUACUAGACUUUGAAGUAACAUUCCUGCUUGCUUGGUUUUCAAACCAUUAAUAUUUUGGCUUAGUUACAACUUAUUGCAUGUUCUUAGUAAGCUGUUAGAUUGGAGCCCAAUCCUGUUUAAUAUUGAUAUACAAAACAGAAAAAAGUCUUCCUUUUCUUGAAAUUCUAAACUAAUGACCCACAAAAAAGGCAUGUGUGGGUUCUGAUGAAAUCCAUUUUACAGGAUGCUUCUUUAUUCAUGUCCCUUUCAAAUGACAGUGAUUACAUUUAAAACUCAAAUAGUAUGAGCUUUUCUUGGUCACUCUGAAAAAAUUCCCUUGGCUGGAUUAGGCUCAUUGGAACAAGUCUCAGUGUUGUGUGUGAACUGGAAUGAACUGGAUCCAUGGUCAUCCUCACCUUCGAAGCAGAGCCAUUGUCAUCCCUGCAGACUCGGCACCUGGGAACUCUAAACUGGUAGUGACUGUGAACAUAAAGGGCUAUGUCAACAAUCUGCCUAUUUCCUAAUAAUUCCUUCUGGAGUUGUCAGAAUGGUUUCUGUCACUAGGAUUGCCUUGGAAGCAAGGGGUUAGGAAAGGCGGGGAAGACAAUCCUCAGCUUUUCUUUGAUCAUUGUUGCCUCUUCACAAGUACCCCUUUUUAGCUAUUUUAUGUUAGCCAGGUAUGCAGAAAGUGGGGGAGCUGAUAAUGUGACUCAAAAUUAGAGUAUGUGAAAAGGCAUCGAGCAAUAUGUGCUACACAGUAUGUGGUCCAUAACACCCUCCAGGAGACCCUUGUCAUAAAAAGGAACAGUCUUUCCACUUAGUACAAAAUCUUGGCUUUUUGAAGCCCAGGAUGGUCAUCUAGAGAAAAUGUAGUGAUUAACUAGGCCAGAGGCCUUUAAAUAACCUUUUUACUCAUGAUCACCUGUUUUCACUAAGUUCUGGUUGAAGUUUGCUGUUAAUGACCCAUGCAGCCUAAUCCAUUGUUCGAGUGCAGCACUUUAAAGUUCAAAACCUUUUGUGCCAUUUGGUUUUUUAAACAGGAAGAAUAUUUAUUUCUUCAGUGCUAAAGAAGUUUUCUCCACCCCUAGUAGAAUAUAUUUAAUUUCUAAGGGGUAUGUAUAUCCUUUCUCCAACCUUCCCUUCCCUUUAGAUGGAACACUGCUUGCUGUUAAGGCCAUACCCUAAGGUUGCACUUUAAUAAACAAUAAAACUCUUUUUUAAAGUAUGCACAUUUUUUUCUUAUCCUAAUUACAUAUUUUAAUGGUUAUUGACUCAGAAAACUAGCCACUUGUACCAUUGUUGGACAUGUCCGUUUUCAGCACAGAGUGAUGAGUUAUUUCACAAGGGUUUUAAAAUGAAUUUCAUUAGAGUAUAAACUCCAAUACAUCUAGUACAUAUGUCUUUUAAGGUUAGUCUUUUAAGGCUAGUAUCUCCAGCUUUCUUAUGUUGCUAUCUUAACCAUGGUUUUCACACACAUUGACAAACAAUUAAAAUUUUUUAUUUCCAAUUAUAAAAAGUAUCAAUACAAAACUGAAACAUGAUUAAGUUACAUAAAGUCUUCACCACAUUCUAGAAAAUGAGAUAGAUCAUAAUAGAAUUUAUUAAAAAUUGUAUUCAAGUCAUCAAAUAAAAUUUCAAGUAUAA